AUGAAUGACGGAGAUCCAGAGAAAACUUUGAGGAGUUUGAUCGAAACGGAUAUUCCAGAGGGUAGAGCAAGUCUCGAGAAUAGCUAUGCAAAUCUGGAACGGGUGGCCGCUUACUGUGAGGCUAACUAUGCUCAGGCUGCGGAUAGGAGGGCAGCAUUCGAAGAGACGAAGCGUUUCACAGUGCAAAGUCUUGCAAGUGUUGCAUAUCAGGUCAACACUUUAGCAUGUGCCCUUUUGCAAACGCUCGAUCUGCAAACCGAAAAAAUUGCCAACAUGGCCACCCAGGUGCACAACGUUGGCGAGAUAGUAGCCAUUCAUAAGGAGAAAGUGGCUCGCAGAGAGAUUGGAGUCCUGACGGCCAAUAAGUGUGUUCAGAAACAGCCUAAAAUUAUUACUCCAGCUUUGCAGGAACGUCCUCAACGCUACCAACGUACUGCGAUUGAUUUCUCAGUGUUGGAUGAGUUGGGCCAUGGUGCGAAGCCAGUAGAAACGGCUACUGGAACGUUGAUUUCGCGAACAGGUUCGAUUGUAUCAGGGAACUGUAGUGCUCAAGCUCAUUAUCCAGUCUUCCCAAAUUACGAGCAACUGCUACCCAAGGCUAAUCUUACCGCUACGUUAUCACGUUCAUCCACCACACGCAGUGACCACUAUCGCACACCACAAAUCGCCUCUACUCCAAUUGUCGAUUCUCAACGUUUCUCAACGCUCACUCAAACCACUCUUCAUGCCAAUGGAACAAAUGCGCCGAAUUCUACUACGACCGGCUACGGUUCACUACAAACACCGUCGUCAAACUAUGGCACUUUAAAAGGAACGAAUUCGACUUAUUCGGGUAUUAGCAGUCCUCCUCAUGAUAUGAUGCCUUUACCACCUCCUCAGUUGUCAUCUGUUGCUCAGUAUCGUUUGUCAACUAAUAGCCUUGAGGGAUUACCCCCUCCGCCAACUUCCCUCCUGUUUGAUGAAGAACCUUUACCGCCUCCGCCGCCAUCGGUUCCAAUAUCUACACUCAGUUACGAAUCAAGCACACCAACCGGUCUGUCUUAUCCGCCACCUCCAAUGAGCACUGCUAGUGAUACAACACUGUUGUCAACCAACUAUGAACGAACACUCGAUUGGAUUCCAAAGGCGUAUAUCGAAAAAGCGGUCGUUCUUUACGACUACGAUGCCGAGAAGCCAGAUGAGUUGACGUUGCGAGAGAACAGCGUUGUGUAUGUGCUGCGAAAGAACGAAGAUGGAUGGUAUGAAGGCGUUCUCAAUGGUUGUACUGGUCUGUUCCCUGGUAACUACGUACAGGCAGUUUAA